AUGUGGAAUUACGCCAGAUUGUCAAGCACAGAUGUGGAAGAGCCUCUGGGAUUUUACGAAGAUGAAGAGUCAAGGGCCCAGCGAAAUGCAGAAGAAGACGCGCAGGCUUGGGGGCAUUGUCCAAAUUGGUUUGUGAACAUGAUUCCAGAAUUAUCGCUUCAAGAGCGAUUGUUGGGAUGUGCCACCUGUAUGAUAUGUGGCUAUCUGCUGAGCAUCGGGUCCCUGUUGAGAAUGAAGGACUUAAUGGUCGGAAAUCCCGUACCUUUGGUUUCAACGGUUACAUUUGGAAAUAUCAUCUCCCUAUGCGGGACUUUCUUUUUGGCAGGGCCGAGAUCCCAAUUGCGACGAAUGUUUCACGCUUCUCGUCGAAAUGCGUCAUUCAUGUACUUGGGGAGUCUGAGUAUCACAUUUGCUCUUUUGUUGAUGCCCCGCUUCUUGGGACGGGGAUUGGUCCUGUUUGUACUCCUUCUAAGUCAAUAUGCCUCCAUAUCCUGGUACUGCCUUUCAUACGUUCCAUUUGGAAGAGAAUUACUUGAGAAGUGUUUCCGUCUAAUGAUGGCCUCCAAUAGCAACGAUACCGAAGAAUAA